UAAGGGCAGGAGAGAGAAGGCACUUAAGCAUUCGCUGACAUCCCGGGCUCAGGAAGUGAAUAUUCUGGUAGAGAGAGAGGGAGAGAGACAGGAAACCCCAGACUCAGGGAGUGGCUCAUAGAAGUCGCUGUUGUACAGUGGCUGCUGCAGAGUUGGUGUCAAGGAAAGACUACAUCCUACAAGCCAACAUGAGCCUCCAGCUGGCAAACAUCUUUCUGCCUUUGCUCUUCCUCCUUUGUCUGCGUAUGGGAGCUGCAGAAAAUACUGCUGCUGUCAUGGUGAAUCAGACACCCCCUUCUAUCCAUGCAAUGGAAGGGUCAGAGUUCACCAUCGAUUGUACAUUCAGCACAAGCAAUAAUUCAAUCAAGUGGUAUGUUACAUGGAAUAAAACCAGAAACAAUGUAACAGCAAAGGUGUCCAAUGAAACAGAUCGAAUCAUAUCAGCAGAUAAAGAAAAGAGGUCUCUUUCCCUCACUGUGAAGAAAACCGACGUGUCUGAUUCUGGAACCUACGUGUGUGGGGUUGGGAGCAAAGAUGUGAUAUAUCCUGGGACUGGAACCCAAGUGACCAUCGAAGAAAUUACCGACUUGAUGGUGAAUCAAACCCCAACCAGCAUCAGUGAUUUGGAAGGCUCAGAACUUACCAUGAAUUGUACAUUCAAGACAGUCAAUAACCAUCACACCAUGUAUGUGCGAUGGUAUAACUAUGGAACUAAGGGACUAAAGCAAGAGCUAGUGAAUGAGAGCGAUGUGAUCACAACCGUGCAUUUGGACAAUGGGUUUGCCUCUCUCACUUUGAAGAAUGUGAAUUCAUCUAAUACAGGAACCUACGUGUGUGAGGUGGGGAUCACAGCAAGGAACCUCUCUGGGAAAGGAACAGGAACCCAAGUGACCAUCAAAAUUCCCAAGCUGAUAGUGAAUCAGACCCCAGCCAGUAUUCAGGAGUCAGAAGGGUCAAGUCUCACCAUGGAGUGUAGAUUCACGGUAUUGAAAAACCACCGGACCUUGUAUGUGAAAUGGUAUAAACAUAACGGAACUGGGAGAACGAAAAAGGAGCUGAUGAGCGAAAGAGGUGGGGGCUCAGCAGCCCUGGAUUUGGAAAAGGGUUUUGCUUCAUUCACUCUGAAGAACGUGAAUGUAACCGAUACAGGAACCUACAUGUGUGAGGUGGGGAGCACAGCUAGGAACUGGUCUGCGUCAGGAGCCGGAACCCAAGUGACCAUCACUCCUGUUGACCUGCUGGUGACUCAGAGCCCUGCCUUUGUCAAUGAAGAGGAAGGGAAACUGCUGACCAUAGCAUGUAGAUUCAGGGCCCUGGAGAAACCCAACGCUAAGUACUCUGUUAAAUGGUAUAAAAACGGGACUGAUGGACACGAGAAGGAGCUGAAAAACAAAGCAGGCUCAGUCACAACAACUCUAGAUUUCUCAGCGGGCCUGGCUUCUCUGAGCUUGACUAAAGCCAGCAUGAAUGAUUCUGGGUUCUACAGAUGUGACUUGGGUAAAAAUGGCCGUGGGAAUGGAACGAGAGUGACGAUCCAUGCUGUUGACCUGCUGGUGAAUCAGACGCCUGUCGUAAUGAACGGAUCGGAAGGAGACAAGCUCACUAUAGAGUGUAGAUUCAAGGUGGUGAAAGACCCAAGCACCACAUCCAGUGUUACAUGGUAUAAGACAGGGGCUGAUGGACACAAGAAAGAGCUGAAGAACAGAACAGGCAUUGUCACAACAGCUCUAGAUUCCUCAAAAGGCCUGGCCUCUCUCACCUUGAUCAAAAUCAAUAGAAAUGACUCCGGGCUCUACAGAUGUGACUUUGGUAAAAAUGGUGGUGGAAAUGGAACCAGAGUGACCAUCCAUGCACAUGCCCAAAAGCUGAUGAGCUCUUACAUUGUUUCUGGGGCUGUGGCUGGGACACUUCUUUUCUUGCUGGUGCUCGGUAUCCUUUUGUGGAGAUGCAGACAGUGCUCCAAAGAACCACUUCAAAGCAGGUCAGAGGCAGAGAUGAAUCAGAUGGAGAUGUCUUCUCCUCCACCAGCUGAUGAGGUGACUUACGUUGACUUGAACUUCCACAAAAGGGAUGCAAAAGCGGAGGAAGAGGUUGUUUACACGGAAGUGAAGAUACGGCCAAAACAGAGAGAUGACAAUGACAUCUAUGCAAAAGUCAAACCUCGUCAGCGUUAGGGGAAGAGCUAGUGGGAAUUAACAGAGGGGUGACCAGCAUUUCACAUGUCCAUUAAAUGCAAGUCUCCAUGAAACAACAAAUUAGCUCUUAGUAAAAGAUGUCCUUGGAGAUCAAAGUCCACUAGUUAUGAACAGAACAGGUAGCAGUGCAAGAUUUCCUCAUUUCCUGCUCCACCAACAUGUCUCAACUCUGAUCUGGAGAGAUGAAUUCUGUGGGUAAACGGAGAGUUCUGCUAACCCAUCUACGCUUGAUCUAUGUGCUGCAAUUGUAGCCAGGAAAUGGGUUGUGCUGUGGACAGUGGUUCAGUGG